AUGGCUCUUCAAGACAGCAAACCCCUUGACCUUACGGUCCUGGGCUUGAACUCUGGUACUUCAAUGGAUGGCAUUGACUGCGCUCUGUGUCGUUUCCGUCAAGAGACACCCGAGUCUCCCAUGCAUUUCGAGCUUCUCAAAUAUGAUGAAGUGCCGCUUCCACAGCCUAUCAAAAAGCGCGUUAUGGACAUCAUCCUCCACGACCGAACGUCCGCAUCCGGACUAUCUGAGGUGAACGUCAUUCUCGGGGAAACCUUUGCCGAUGCCGUAGAAGAAUUCUGCAAGAAACACAAUGUGGACAAAUCAUCCAUCGAUGCUAUAGGAUCUCAUGGUCAGACCAUCUGGCUGUUAUCUAUGCCCAAGCCUGACCAGGUCAAGUCCGCGCUCACCAUGGCUGAGGGCUGCUUCAUCGCUUCUCGCACCGGAAUCACCACCGUGACCGAUUUCCGCGUCUCUGACCAGGCGGCUGGUCGUCAGGGAGCCCCGUUAAUUGCUUUCUUCGACUCACUUCUACUCCAUCACCCUACGAAGCUCCGCGCCUGCCAGAAUAUCGGUGGUAUCGCUAAUGUUUGCUUCAUUCCUUCGGACAAUAAAGGCGGCGUGUCAGAAACAUAUGACUUCGACACAGGCCCAGGCAAUGUCUUUAUUGACGCCGUCGUGCGCCAUUACACUGGCGGCGAGCGUGAAUACGACAAGGAUGGUGAGAUGGGUAGCCGGGGUACUGUUAACCAGGCCCUUGUAGACGAAUUCCUGCAGCACGAGUACUUCAACCUAGACCCGCCCAAGACGACGGGCCGUGAGGUUUUUCGCGACACGCUCGCCUUCGAGUUGAUCGACAAGGCCGAGAAAUUGGACAUGACUCCCGACGAUGUCGUCGCCACCGUCACCCGCAUCACAGCACAAUCCAUUGUAGACCAUUACCGGCGUUACGCUCCAGCUGAUAUGGAGAUCGAGGAAUUGUUCAUGUGCGGCGGCGGUGCCUACAAUCCCAACAUCACCAGCUUCAUCCAACAAGCGUAUCCUAAUACCAAAAUCAUGAUGCUGGAUGCGGCCGGUGUACCUGCAGGCGCAAAAGAGAGCAUCACCUUUGCUUGGCAAGCUAUGGAGGCUGUUAUAGGCCGCUCAAUUCCGGUCCCUACCCGUGUUGAGACCCGUCGCGAAUACGUCCUAGGCAAGGUGUCGCCAGGUACCAACUACCGUAAUGUGAUGCAGAAGGGCAUGGCAUUUGGCGCCGGUCAUGACCGGUUAUCACCCGUUAGGGAGAUGGUCAACUUCGUGGACGGCAAGAUAUUUGAUAAUAAAUGGUGA